AUGACUGUCCUGCCGAACAAAUUGAGAGUUGUUACUGAGAAUUCGUACGGGCAUUUUAGCUCUCUCGGUGUUUACAUCGAUGCAGGUUCGAGGUACGAGUCGGCACGAAUGUCUGGCGUAAGCCACAUGCUAGAUCGGAUGGCAUUCAAGUCCACAGAAUCCUGCAGUGCGGCGGAGAUGUCUUCUGCUGUUGACUCACUCGGUGGCCAAAUCGUGUGCUCGUCUUCUCGGGAGAGUAUGAUGUACCAGUCAUCCCACUUUAAUUCUGCGACUCCUCUUGCUAUGUCUCUGAUGGCGGAUACAGUGCGGCGGCCUCUGUAUCUUUCCGAAGAAGUGAACAUGCAACGUGAUGCAGCCGCGUACGAAAUAAGGGAGAUUAACACCAAACCGGAGAUGAUACUCCCAGAGAUAUUGCACCAAGUUGCUUAUCAAAGCAACACUAUAGGGAAUCCUUUACUAUGUCCAGAAGAUCGCUUAGCGCACAUUGAUGGUAAUCUGCUGAGAGAGUUCUCGCAGACAUGGUUUCGACCGGACAGAAUAGUCAUUGCUGGGGCGGGCUUGUCACAUGAGGAGCUCGUCGAGCUAGCAGAUAAGCACUUUGGUGAUCUCAAAGCUCCUCCAGCGUUGGAACCAUCCCAAGCGGCGAAGAACGUUUUGCCUCAUCUCCUCAGCCCCACUCACAUACCGUCACCAUCACUAUACAAGUCAUUAACAACCGCUGCCACAGCUUUUCUAAGCCCGAAACCGAUAGCAGAACCUUCCUUCUCCACACUAGCAUCGGCGAAGGCGCGAUACACGGGCGGACAUCUGUUCCUACAUCGGCCAGACGAGGAGUUCAAUCAUGUUUAUAUUGCAUUCGAAGGCUUCCCCAUAAAUAAUGAUGAUAUAUACACACUAGCCACUAUUCAGAUGCUUCUUGGUGGAGGCGGGAGUUUCUCAGCUGGUGGUCCCGGGAAGGGAAUGUAUUCGCGGUUGUACACCCACGUACUCAACCAUCACGCACAAAUCGAUCAUUGCUCCGCGUUUCAUCAUAUUUACUCUGACACCUCACUGUUUGGGAUUGUAGGAACAUCAUACCCUUCAAUGGGGCCAGACGGUCUCGUUCCUAUCAUGAUCCACCAACUUGCCUUGCUGGCUCAUGGGGAUAUACCCGCCCCGGAACUUUCCCGAGCUAAGAAUCAGCUAAUGAGUUCACUGGUGAUGGCGUUGGAGAGCCGAGCAGUUGAAGUAGAGGACCUUGGACGCCAGGUCUUAGUGCAUGGACGGAAAAUUAGUGUGCAGGAAAUGUGUGCCAAAGUGGAGAAGGUGUCUGCCGCAGACGUACGCCGAGUAGCAGAUGAAGUGUUCGGCACCGCUGCGCGGACCCAACCAACUGUCCUUAUCAUGGGAAGGGAAGAUGCGCCGGAUUGGAAACGCUCGUUCCGACAGUACGGUGUGGGUCGUGACGAGUAG